AAGAACAAUGGAUUUCAGUGGACAAGUGUGUUAUUGAUAUGGUACAAAGCACUAUUUUCAAGGACGUUUUGAAAAAAACAUUUCCUGGUGUAAGUUUAAAUAUAAGUGAUAUGCGUGGAGAAAUUUCAUUUACUGGGUAUUCAGACUUAAAACAGGUCAUGAUUUGGUUUGAGACUGAAUCAGCAGUUCAUUCAGUAGAAUUUGAUAAAAUCAACAAAGAAGUUGAAAAUCUGCAAGAAGUAAUUGAAAUUCUCUUGACUGACAAGUAUGGCAAAUUUCAAAAUGUUUUUUGGAACUUUAAUACUCCCAAAAGAUGUGUGAUUUUUUGCACCUGUGGUGUCAAGGAUCCCAGUGUUGUAAGAGCUCAUCUUACAAAAUCAAUCCGUGUUGCUAAAGGUCAGUUUUCAUAUAGGUCUGAAACAAUCCUUCUUGAAUUACAAACAGAGUUAAGCAAGAAAUUCAAUGUGUUUGCAAUUCACAACUGUGAUAAAAUAUUACAAAUCAUUAAUGGUGAAUCCAGUGAGCUCCGGUCUGAAAUUGUAAAGGAAGCAGAAUCUAUACUAGACCACUUUGGUAAGAAGGUGUUAAAGAUUCACCUCAAUCCAAGACAUUGUUCAACGGAUAAACUUGUAAACACAUUUGUGAAUACUGCUGUAGCUGUUGACAAUUUAAAUGUAAUGGACAGUAAUGCUCAGUGUUUGAUGUGGACAUUUCCAAACAGAAAACAUGCACGAUUGGAAAUAGAUAGUGGAGAAGCAACUGAGUCACAAACUGAAAUAGUAAUUUGUGAACCGAACACUACGAAAAAACAGGAAGUCCACGGAAAUCGAACAACAAUAUUCCUAUCCUCUACUUUAAGAUUCGAAAAUAAACAUUUGGCUGGUCACGUACAGGAUCAACUUAAAAAGAAAAUCAAACGUGGUCAGAGGUCUAUAAGCAUAUGUAUUACACAUGAAAUUGACCCUGUUUUUUUGAAAAGUAUUUGGUGGGCAUGCACUCAAAUUUUAUUAGAAAAUCGAUCACCAGAUAUUAUUGUGUUUGAUUGUAUGGACUCAACAAGUUUUUCACAAUGUGCAUCUGUAUUUUUACCCGGAACUCCUUCAAAUGCUUGGUGUGAGGGACUGCCAUUCAGAACAUCUACACAUGAUGGAAAAGAAUCACUGAACAUAACUGUUGAAAAAGAUCUUUUACAUGAAAUAAAGGCUGAUGUUUUAGUCAAUAGCAUUUGGACAGAUUUAGACUUGAAUAAUGGAAAAAUGUCAAGUGAACUUCUGAGGUUAGCAGGUGAUGAACUUCAACAAGCAGUAAACAAACAAAAAAAAACUAUUGCUAUUGGAGAAUUUGUUUCAACAGAGGCCUUUAAAUUGGAAAACUGCAAAAGGAUAUUUUAUGCUGCUGUUGGAAAAUACAGCAAGGAUUUAGCAUCAGUUCAAAAAUUGAAGCAAUUGGUGGCAAAGUGUAUUGCAACUGCAGACAAAUUACAGUUUACGUCAAUAGCAUUGCCAGCCCUUGGGACAGGAAAAUUACAAUUUCCAGCAGAGAAAGCGGCAGAAGCUAUGUUUGAAGCAAUUGAAGAAACACAAUUCAUGUUAGACAACAUUCGAACUAUACGGAUUGUUGUUUAUAAACAUGAUGACUCCAGUCUCUGUAAGGUGUUCAGUGAUGAGAAAGAUAAGUUGUUUCACUCCUUUGAUUCUAUUAGAGGAUUCUCCCCAGUGAUCACAUUAAAGAAUAUAUCUGCAAGAGCUGUGUGCAAACCAAUUCAAGAUAUCCAAUGUGAUAUUUUGUAAUUUCAUACUAAACAAACAGUUUCAGACAAGUUGAAGGCCAAGUGCGUUCAUAAGUUUUCAGAAAAUAUCUGGGACAGUAAGUUUGAUAAAACCCUGAACCAUUCAUUAAGGCCAACCUUUUUAAAGGAAAGUGGGAUGACUGUGUGCAUCUAUGUUAAAAGUGACAACAUUCUGUCCCAGGAUAUUGGGAAAAGAUUUUUGGAUUACAUAAAGACUGUCGACACAUGGGCCAAAACAUCAAGAAUUGAGCUGGCUUUUGAUGACAGCAAAUAUAAGUCGCUUAUAUUCUCAUCAUUUAUUUCUGAAUUGGAUAAACUUGUUACAUUGACGGUUGAAAGAAAGCUUUCGAAGGUGUUUGAGGUAGUGGAAAGGCUUUUAGCCUCUGGUAUUGAGGUUGUGGAAAUGUCAGAUCAUGUGGACAACUCUUCAAAAGUUCUACCAGGACAAACCAAGGAAUUUGCAGGGGAACGUAUGAAAGAUACCAAUUCGUUAGUUCAUCAGGCACCAGGAGAACAGAUGAUAACAAGAGAUGAAAAGAAAAAUAGAAAAACAAGUCUUGCAACAGGGUUUGAAUCCAACAUUGUGCUUGUGGAAGGCAUUAAACCGAAUACAACCAGACAUCAGCUUAGGCAAGAUUUACAAGACAUUUUUCAUAAACAUUCGCCUCAUCUAAUUUUUUGUGACCAGAAAGCAGUAGCCCACCUUGUUUUCACAAAUGACCAAGUUGUAAAAUCUGUGUGUGGAAGCAGUGCUUCGAUCAAAGGAUUGGUCUUGAAGGAACAUCCCAAAAUGGUACUCAGAGACUUUGUUUACAAGAUAAACAAAGAUGAAUGUCAAAAACUUCAUGAAUCUGGUAUUAGGGAAUUUUUAUGCAAACUGUUAAAAGAGCCAUAUUUUCGAUGCUGUGCAAUCGAUGCAAACGGAAACAUACCUGUGUAUUCUCAGACAAUGUAUGGCAUACAUUAUAUAAAGUCAAUUUUAAAUGACUUUGCAUUAAAAUCUUAUGAAAACGUAAGCGAACUGAAAUACGAUUUUUUUAAUGCCAAGUUCGCGGCAUAUAUACAUGGUCCAGACAACACAGAUGGUGAAUUGUCCUAUGUCGAUGGCACAGUAAAACUUGUUUGUCGGAAAAGUGAUCUAGUUAAACAUGACACGAUUAUUACAAAAUUGAUCAAUUAUUAGGGUGAGAAAGAAAUUCCAUUAGGUACGGAUGGUAUUGAUAUUGCAGAAAAAUGGUGCAAGGAAUUUGAGAAAGAAAAGUUUGAAUGCGUAUUUGUUAAAAAAAAAAAUAUUUUGGUAGUUCUAUUUGAAGCAUAUGAAGAGGUUAAAAAGGUUACCCUGAAAAUUUCAAAGUUGCGUAACCAACUUAAAACAGUAAAUCCUCCUGGCGGAAACAAAGAAGUUUCAAAUACAACUGACAUAUCAAGUGGCACUACUUCUUUCUUGAAAUCAAUGCAUUUGCCAGCCGUAUCCUCCCCUGAUAACAUAAAAAAAUACAAAACUCUAUCUGGGAUAUCAGUGUACGUUUACAAAGCUGACAUUUGUAGCCUGAAUGUUGAUUGCAUUGUAAAUGCUGCAAACUCGCGGCUUGAUCAUGCAGGGGGUGUUGCUGGGGUUAUCCAAAGAAAGGCUGGCUACGAUUUGAAGACAGAAGGAGAUAGAUACAUCAGAAAGCAUGGGGAAAUAAAAGUUGGCAGUGUUGUUGAAACAUUAGCUGGUAAUCUUCCGUUCAAGUUUGUAUUGCACGCUGUUGGACCCAGAUGGGGAGACUAUACACACUCAUCGACAGGUGUUGACGAGUGCUGUAAAGAUCUUCGGGAGGCAGUUUUCAACAGUUUCCUGAAAGCAAGUACACUUGGAAUGCAAUCUAUUGCACUACCAGCAAUCAGUUCUGCAAUUUUUGGAGUUCCGAUGGAUAUAUGCACAGAACAGUAUGUACAGGCAGUGUGGUUGUACAGCAAAUUAGGAGCUGACUCUUCACUGAGGGAGAUACACUUUGUUGAUAUUGUCCCAGAAGUCGUAAUGAAAAUUCAGACAAGGUUUGAUGAAUUUGUAAAGAAAGGGGAGCUUUCAAAAGCAGAUAAGUUCGGAACGUCCUCUCUGCGGUAUCACAACAAACCUUGUGAUUUGGGUUUUCAAACGGAAACAAAAGCCCCUUCUAUUUCAGAACAAGAAUUGAAAGACCAAGGACAAUGUGCUAUCUGUAUGGAUGACUUUACUAAUCCCAAGAAACUUGUCUGUGGUCACAUAAUCUGUACUGAUUGCAUAAGCCAACAAUUUGCUGUCAAACAAGUGUGCCCCAACUGUGGGAAAAUCUGUGGAAUAAUAACAGGUGAUCAGCCACCAGGAACAAUGCGCAUAUCUCGUGACUGGGUGUCCUGUGUUGGCUUUGAAGGUGUUGGACGCAUUUGUAUAAGCUAUCAUUUGAUGGAGGAAAGCAGACGGCAAAUCAUACAGCUCCGGGUAAGUGGUACAAAGGAAUAGACAGGCGUGCAUUUCUUCCUGACAAUAAGGAGGGUGAAGAUGUGUGCAGAAUGUUGAAAGUUGCAUUUCAAAGAAAGCUCAUCUUCACCAUUGGAAGUUCGCGAACAACUGGAGAAGAAGGUGUGAUCACAUGGAAUGACAUCCAUCACAAGACAGAUCCCAGACCACAAUCUCAAUUUGGCUAUCCAGGUCCGUCAUACCUGGAAAGAGUGACUGAUGAGUUGAAAACCAAGGGAGUUACACAUGCUGAUAUCAAUCUGAAUGAUAAAUUGGAAAGCACUAUCUAUUCUGACUAGAACUUUAGGAUGUAGAUAAUUGUACAUGCAUGUUUGUCACCACGUGAAUAAUUGAGACACUAAACUAUAUAUUUAACAUCUGGAUUUGUUGUGAUAUCUAAUGCUGUUUACCAUAUAAGUGUGUGCUUUUGAUAUUUUUAAUAUAUUAUAUAUUAUAUAUAUAUAAAUAAGAUGAGAGUUUAAAGUUAAACGUUAACAGUCAAAUAACAAACUGAGCCCAGUAUAGUCAGUACCAUGUACAUGUCAUGUCAUGUAUAUCAAAUACUGUCUUUAAAUAAACUAAUGAAUAAUUAAACACCAACAUUGCUAACAUGGCACACUUUCUGUGUAUUAUUUCUUAUUAGGAGUCUUAAUUGAACGAUAUCCUAGGCCUUAAUAAAUGAAUAUAAUUAAACUAAUUAUUCAUCCACAGUCUUCAAUUUGUAUUCAAUAUUUAAUUGCGCUGCAUUGUUUAAAGCUUAAAGAAGCUUGUUAGCCAGCCGGACUAUACCAAAAUUUGAAAUGGAGUUGCCGAGGCCAAAAUCUACUAGUCUCCGGAUUAAGGGAAAACAGGAAUUUCCAUCCCUCAUAAUAAGUUAAUCAGGUCAAAUCUCACAAAAACCAUGUUGCCACUCAAAGGGCCACAUUAUGACUCAACCUUGGUGAAGCUAAAUCAUAAUGUUUAUCUUUUAUAUCAAGACCAAGUUCAAAUCUGGGUUAUGGGUGUCAAAAAAACUGAGACACAAAUAAAAUCUUAGAAACAGUGUUUACACCUUAUUUCCACUCUAGUGGCCUCAUCUAUGUGUUUUAAGCUCCACUUGCCAGAGGCCAGCGGGGCUUAUGUCAUGGUCCUGUGUCCGUCGUGCGUGCAUGCGUCCAUGCGUGCGUGCGUGUGUUAACUUUUUCUUUAAACAUCUUCUUGUCCUAAACUACAAGUCCAAUUCUGAUAAAACUUCUCACCAAUGAUCCUGGGGUGAACCUCUUUCAAAUUUGUACAAAUAAUGACCCUGGAGUCAAAUUUGACCCCGCCCCGUGGGUCAAUAAAUUGCCUGUUUUGUGCAAACUUUAAAAAUCUUUGUGUCCAUAAUCAUUGGGCCUAGUGCUACCACAUUUGGUAUGUAGUGACAUUUAAUAGUUCUCUACUUUGUUUUUUCGAAUUAUGCCCCUGGGGUCAAAUUUGAUCCUGCCCCGGGGUUCACAAAAAUGAUCAUAUGCUUAUUUAAAGCCUAUUUUGUGCAAACUUUAAACAUCUUUUUGUCCAUAACCGUAGGGCCUAUGGCUACCAGAUUCGGUAUGUAGUGACAUCUAAUAGUUCUCUACUUAGUUCAAAUUAUGCCCCUGGGGUCAAAUUUGACCCUGCCCCAGGGAUAACAAAAAUGAACAUACGCUUACAUAAGGCCUAUUUUGUGCAAAUUUUAAAAAUCUUGUCCAUAACCGUACGGCAUAGGGCUACCAAAUUUGGUAUGUUGUGACAUCUAAUAGUCCUCUACAAAAUUUGUUCAAAUUAAGCCCCUGGGAUCAAAUUUGACCGUUACCCAGGGGUCACAAAAUUUAACAUAUGCUUAUAUUGGGCCUAUUUUGUGCAAACUUUAAAAAUAUCUUGUCCAUAACAUUUGGCCCUAUUUCUACCAAAUUUGGUAUGUAUUAAAAUCUUAAAGUUCUCUAACAAGUUUUUUCAAAUUAUGCCCCUGGGGUCAAAUUUGACCCUGCCCCGGGGGUCACAAAAAUGAACAUAUGCUUAAAUAAGGCCUUUUUGUGCAAACUUUAAAAAUCUUGUUCAUAAUUAUAGAGCCUAGGGCUACUAAAUUUGGUAUAGAGUGACAUCUAAUAGUCCUCUACCAAAUGUGUUCAAAUUAUUCCCCUAGGCUCAAAUUUGACCCUGCCCCAGGGGUCACAAAACUGAACAUAUGCUUAUAUAAAGCCUCUUUUUGUGCAAACUUUAAAAAUCUUCCUGUCCAUAACCAUUGGGCCUAGGGCUUCCAAAUUUGGUAUGUAGUGACAUCUUAUGGUUCUCUACCAAGUUUGUUCAAAUUAUGUCCCUUGGGCCAAAUUUAACCCUUGAAGGCUCCAAUUAAAAAGUUGUUCAAGAAAAUUUGAUUCGUCAAAAAACAUGACCACAGGAAGUCGUUGAACUUUGCAUGUUUAUUCGUUUUUGCUAUUUAUCCAUUAUGGGAUGAAUAAACUAAUUUCUUCUCAAACUCAAAGUUUAUCAAAAGACACUUUUAAUAACUUUUUAGUUAUAAGAGAUAAAUGCAUACAUGUCGAGCGUAAAAAGGUAGACCAACAUGUGAACUAUCCAUAAAUGUUAACCCUUUAUCAAACCACACAUUUUGGACUGCCCCAAAUUGAAAGAGAUUGCAGACGGGAAAUAAUAUUGUAAAGGACUAUUUAUAAAUUGGCUGGGUGGGGUAGAAAUCAUUGUGAUAAAAGGAGAAAUUGCUCAUCGUAAGCAAUUUCUCCUUUUUGAAACAGGAAGUCCUGUUUUCAAAACGAAAUCAAACUCUUCAGAAGGAGUUAUGGUCUAUUGGAACAAACAACCUUUACAAAGUUAUCAUUCAUGCUGCCUUUCGGCACCUCAUGAGCCUGAAAAUCUUGUAACUUUAUGUUUCCUCAGGCAGAUAUAUUCUUUGUACAAUUAACAAUUUUUUCACCACGUUAACAAUCCUGCUACACUCGCUUAUGCCCCAAGAAUGAAGUUAAGUUUAGGUGAUCUACGUCAUUAGGUAUUUUGCAUAUGUCAUUAACUAUAUAAGUAACAGAAACUUUGAAACCUACAAACACUUUUUUGAAUUUUGGAAAAAGAUUCAUGAUUGAAUGUAGGAACUUUCAUUAAUCUUUUUGAACAUGUGUGGAUUUGAUCUUCAGCAUCUAAAAAUAUGUGAAAUAGAAAGAACGACAAUAUCUUAUGGAGAGAUAAAUGUACCUAAGUUAUAAGUAAAGGACCUGUGCGACAAUUUCCGGGCUUUCUAGUCUGUUUAGUUAACACCGUAGUAACGUUUUCCAUGUAUAAAAAUGCUCACCCUUCAAACUUUAAGCGCCCAGUGUGACGAGGGAUAAAAAGAGAAAGUCACAUGCUAGAGUACAUUUCAACCCAUGCGCAUUGCACGUUUUUUUCGCAUAAAAAAACAGUGGAGCGAUACUGGGCCAUAAUGGCCCUCUUGUUUUAUAAAACCUGGACAUACUGUUGAUCUUGACAUUAUCUAGACUAUAAUUCAAUAUCGGUCAUGUGCGUCUGGAAACCAUGCCACUAGGUCAGAUCUUUAAAAUGUUAUUACUUCUCUAUGGCCAACAUUUAUAACUCAAGGUUUAUGAAACAAGGAUAGAAUAUUUAUCUUGACAAUAUCCAGGCAAAGUUUUUAUAUUGAGCUGUUGCGUCCAAUCAAUGUCACUAGGUUAUACCUUGAAUAUAAACUUGUUACCAAUAUAGAGGAAACAUUUAUGAAUCGGUCUUGAUGAAACUUGGUGAGAAUGUUGAACUUUACAAUAUGAAUGCCAUAUUUGAAUCUAGAUCAAGUGGGGUAAAAAACUAGAUGACCAAGUCUCUUCAACAAUUGGUGUCAAUGAACGCAGGUGAGCGCUUAAGGGCCAUUAUUAUCAUUGCCCUUUUGUUCUAUUUUACUUGUGUUACUUUCUAAGCUAUACUAAUUUACAAAAAAAGUGUCAAGAAGAGCCAUUUGUAAUUAUUGGACAUAGUUAAUUUUGUUGUCUUGUUGUUUUUAGCUCCCCUGAGCACAACGUGCUCAUGGUGAGCUUUUUUUGUGUGAUUGCCUUUUGUUCGUUGUGCGUUGUACGGUGUCAACACUUGCCUUGUUAACUCUCUAGAGGCCACAUUUUUUGUCAAAUCUUCAUGAAAUUUGGUCAGAAGAUUGGUCUCAAUAAUAUCUUGAAUGAGUUCGAAACUGGUUACGUUUGCUUGAAAAACAUGGCUGUCAAGGGGCAGGGUAUUUUUCCUUAUAUGGCUAUAUAUGGCUAUAGUAAUAUCUUGUUAACACUCUAGAGGCCACAUUUAUUGUCUGAUCUUCAUGAAACUUGUCAGAAGAAUCAUCCCAAUAAUAUCUUGGACGAGGUCGAAAAUAAUUCCGGUUGGUUGAAAAACAUGGCCGCCAGGGGGCCGGGCAUUUUUCCUUAUAUGGCUUUUGUAAAACCUUGUUAACUCUCUAGAGGCCACAUUUAUUGUCCAAUCUUCAUGAAAUUUAGUCAGAAGAUUUGUCUUAUUGAUAUCUUGGAUGAAUUAGAAAAUGAUAACGUUUGCUUGAAAAACAUGGCCAAGGGGCCGUGCAUUUUUCCUUAUAUGGCUAUAGCAAAAUCUUGUUUACACUCUAGAGGCCACAAUUUUAGUCCGAUCUUCCUGAAACUCGGUCAGAAGAUUCAUCCCAAUAAUAUCUUAGAUGAGUUCAAAAAUAAUACAGGUUGGUUGAAAAACAUGGCCACCACUGGGACGGGGCAUUUUUCUUUAAAUGGCUAUAGUAAAACCUUGUUAACGCUCUAGAGGUCAAUUUUAUUUUCCGUUCAUCAUGAAACUUGGUCAGAAGAUUUGUCCUUCCGGUAAUGAUUUCUUGGAUGAGUUCGAAAACGGUUUUGGUUGCUUUAAAAACAUGGCCACCAAGGGCAGGGCAUUUUUCCUUAUAUGGUAGUAAAACUUUGUUAACACUCUCGAGGCCACAUUCAUUGUCCAAUCUUCAUGAAAUGUGGUCUGAAGAUUGGUCUCAAGGAUAUCUUGGAUGAGUUCGAAAAUAAUUAUGUUUGCUUGAAAAAACAUGGCUUCCAAGGGGCGGGGCAUUUGUCCGUAUAUGGCUAUAGUAAAAUCUUUUUAACACUCUAGAGGCCACAUUUAUUGUCCAAUCUUCAUGAAACUUGGCCAAAAGAUUCAUCCCAAUAAUAUCUUGGACGAGUUCAAAAAUGAUGCCCGUUGGUUGAAAAACAUAGCUGCCAGGGGGCGGGCAUGUUUUACUUAUAUGGCUAUAGUAAAACCUGUUAACACUAGAGGCCACAUUUAAUUUCCGAUGUUCAUGAAACUUGGUCAGAAGAUUUGUCCCAAUAAUAUCUUGUUAUCUCAGGUGAGUGACUUUGGGCCUUUCAGGCCCUCUUGUUUUAAAUUCAUAUCCCUGAUUUUAUGUUGCUAUUCAACAUGUGUUAAGAUAACAACAGAUCUAUAGAAAUUCAUCGGAUACCAAUAUUGUAUAACAUAAAUACUACAUUGAUAUAAAAUAACUACUACAUCGAUUGUAAGUAACUUAACAUUACUAAAGUAAUGUAAAUACCUUUAUUUUAUCUUCAACAGUGUUGCAGUAUACCUUCAUUAUAUUAUAACUUUGCAAGCAUUGUGUAUUCCAAGUAGAAAUUUGCGCAGUCAAUCAUUAUAGAUGCUUUGUCUUGUCAUUUCGUAUACAAUUGAUACAGUAACACUUUAUAAUUAAACAACGCUCAUGCAUGUUGAUCAUUAUGCUUAUACCGUAAUAACUGAUUGAUUUUCACACAAUUAUGAUGCUGUAAGUAUGUUGUAUUUAUUCAGAUUCACAUUAUUUGUCUGAUUGGAAUACUUGUUGUGUUAUUAAAAUAAUAUGAUUAUUAAUUAAAAUAGUGUGAUGAUAGGGAAUCAUCCCUAUAUUUUGAAUUGAUUUUACCUAUUAUAAAUGUUUUGUAAUUAAUGUUAUGUGGUGUUUGUACAAGUGGGUAAUAAGUCAAGUAAACUUUCGCUAAGUUUGCGAUUUGUAUACCUUUAAAGGGGCCCUCCAACAGAUUUUGGCAUGUAUUGAAGCUUGCCAUUAAAUGCUUUAAAUGCUUUAUAUUAAAUUUAAAAAAUAUAAAUUUAAACAUUUCAAUUAAAAAUCUCCUGUAAAAAAGCAAGACUACAAUUUUAAAAAAGGAAAAAAAGUAAACCUCAACAGGGCUUGAACCACUGACCCCUGGAUUCUGGAGUCCUGAAGUAAAAAGCCUCCUGCCUAGACCACUCGACCAUCCACGCUCAUGUUUUGAGCGGAUGUAUUUUAUAGCUAUAUAAGCAAUCCUCUUAGUUUCCCAAAAUAUCGUUUCGCGUCGAUAUGACGCUUUAUCUGUUGGACGGCCCCUUUAAAUAAGAUUUUCUGAAAAAGUGUGUUAUGUUAUUGUUAAGUGAUGAAUACAAUUUUGCAAGUUUUAAGCGGUUUUACGGUAGAUUUAUAUAUAGAUGAGAUUUUAACCAUAUCACCUUUAUUUUUCUUUCAUGUUUAUAUUUUGAUGUUUAAUGACUUGUUUAAAGAAAUAUUCCAGACCUGAUAUGGAUAUGCAGAUUAAUUUUGACAGAAUUGGAUUCAUAUCAAAAGAUGUUUAUUGUCUCCUUUUGGUGGUUUGCGCUCUGUGUGUCAGUCUGUCACACAUCCUGUGAUAACUUUUAAAGAUCUUCAUAUUUUUUCAUGAAACUUGGAAAAUUUACAGAUGGCAAUAUGGAGAUUAUGCACGUCAUUUCAUUUGUUCCUACGUCAAGAAUUAUGGUUGCUAUGGCAACAAAUAGACUAUAAAUAUUUCUGAAAAUGGUGGAUCCUGCAAUAACUUUAAAAGUUCUUUAUAUUUUUUCAUGAAACUUGAAACAUGGAUGAAUGGCAAUAUGGAGAUUAUGCAUGUCAUUUCAUUUCGUUCCUAUGUCAAGAAUUCUGUAAGUUAUUAAUAAAAAAAAUAAAGUAUAUUAUUGAUUCAAACUAUGAAUUUACUCCAGAUAGUUUGCACUUUAGUCAGUGAGUUGUAAUUUGUAAAAAAAAAUUGUGACCUAGUUUUUUUAUUUUUAGCUCACCUGUCACCAAGUGACACGGUGAACUUAUGUGAUCAUGUGAUGUCCGGCUUCCGUUGUGCGUGUGUGCGUCCGUCCGUCAACAAUUUGUUUGUGUAGACAGUAGAGGUCACAGUUUUCAUCCAAUCUUUAUGAAAUUUGGUCAGAAUGUUUUUCUUGAUAAAAUCUGGGUUGGGAUUGUAUUUGGGUCAUAUGUGGUCAAAAACUAGGUCACUAGGUCAAAUAAAAGAAUAACCUUGUGUAGACAGUAGAGGUCACAGUUUUCAUCCAAUUUUUAUAAAAUUUGGUCAGAAUGUUUAUCUUGAUCAAAUCUGGGUUGGGAUUGUAUUUUGGUCAUCUGGGGUCAAAAACUAGGUCACUAGGUCAAAUAAUAGAAAAACCAUAUGAAGACAAUAUAAGACACAGUUUUCAUCCAAUCUUUAUGAAAUUUGGUCAGAAUGUUUAUCUUAAUAAAAUCUGGGUUUGGAUUGUAUUUGGGUCAUCCUGGGUCAAAAACUAGGUCACAAGGUCAAAUAAUAGAAAAACCUUGUCUAGACAAUAGAGGUCACAGUUUUCAUCCAAUCUUUAUGAAAUUUGGUCAGAAUGUUUAUCUUCAUAAAAUCUGGGUUGGGAUUGUAUUUGGGUCAUCUGGAGUCAAAAACUAGGUCACUAGGUCAAAUAAUAGAAAAACCUUGCGUAGACAAUACAGGUCACAGUUUUCAUCUGAUCUUUAUGAGUCAGGUGAGCGAUUUAGGGCUAUCAUGGCCCUCUUGUUAAUUUUAGUCUUAAUCUGGUGUUAUGAUAAGAUGUAGAGAAAUGCAUUUGAAGAUUUUGGCAAAAUUCUAUCUUAAAGAACUUUUAAAUCUCUAAUAUGUUGCUGACAUAAAAUAAUUUUUAUUGUCUUUAGAGUUUAUACAAUUGUAUUUCUUAAUAUUUCUAUCAAGGAGGUUAUUGGAAAAGUUUGGUUUCUUUCAACGUAAAUUGAUUUACUAAGGCCUAUAAACUACUGAAAUUUCACAAGUUUCAAAUUGUAUCUGUGAUGAUUUUUUUUACACAAGUAGAUAUUUACCAGGUUUUGCUUAUACAUGUAUUAUUACCCGCCAAUGGCGGAGUUAUAUAGACUUUGCUUUGUUUGUCUGUCCGUCGGUCAGUUGGCCCGUCUGUCUGUCACAAAACUUUUCAUGGCUAUAUCUAAGAAACUAUAUAAGAUAUCAAGAUAUUGUUUUUGUAUUGUGGAACUUUUCAAGGCCAUAACUCAGAUAGGCUACACGAUUUAAAUAUGAAACUGGUGUGUAGUUUUAAUUGAGGACAAGUGCAAUGCAUAAAAACAAUUUCCCUACUCUUAAAUAUUGUUAAGGAUUAUACCAUAUAUCAAGGGAUUUGCAUCCAUCCUUUAACAAAGUUUAUUUUGCGGGGGAUAUCAAUUCAAAGAAUUUGCUUGUUGUAAAUAAAAUCAAAACAACACCAGUGAUACUAUGUUUUCAUAUCAAUUAUCACAUAGUAUUUUGUGUUUUAUAUGUACACAAAUUAAAUAUAAUCACUAAAGCUGAUACAACAACCCUAAUAUACUUUUGUUGCUAACAAGUGCAUUACUGGUUUCUAAUUACUUUCUUGUGGCUUUACCAAAAUCUUUAAUUAUUUAAUUUAGACAUGAAGUUUACUAAUGUUAAUGACCAUACUUUAUCUGCAAAAAAAUCCCUCUAUAUGGAAAUGUUAACUAUGUACUUUGUAUUCUAAUAAAUAAUAAUAUGUUAUUGUUAAUACAUAUGGCUGUUAAAAUGUGCGCAUCAUCGGAACUAUUGUGCCCAAUAAAGACAGAUAUGUAUUUCCCAGGUAUUGUUUAAAAUUUAUAAAUUAUUUAUGCAUGUUGCUACAGUGUGCUAUGCAUAUAGUGUUUAUCAAAAAUAAUAUUAAAUUGCAUAACUUCUUUUUGUUACAACAUUUAACGAAACCAUGUUACUUAAUUCGUAUUAUUAGACCAAAAUUGAACACACUCUCUUCUGUAUAUAUGUUACCAGUAAACACUGUGACCUCUAAUACAUAAUUUAGUUUGGUUCACAUGACCCUUGUCAAAGACUUAAGCUUGCAAUUAUUUAAAAAGAACAUUUAUAAGGUUCCAUACACGGAUGGAGUAAAAUAGAUAAAGGACUUCGCCAUCAAUGUAAACAGUGUUGCCACUUAACCAUGAAACACGUGGGUGAACUUAAGGGAAUAUGAAUACAAUGUAUAGGGGAACAUUAAAAUAUAUACUAAAUACAGAUAGAGUUCCGAUAAAACCUGAUUUAUGUUGGUGUUCUAUGCAAUUUCGUUUUAUUUCACUUGAGAAUCUGUUAAUUGAUACCUAAAAAGCUACUUCCUUUGAACUGCAAAACUUAACUAUUAUUUUGACAUGAACAUCACAAAACAUAGUUUUGAGUACUGACAAUAAUACAUUACGAUAUGUGGCGUAUGAGGAUAAUCGUCACUACCUAAUAAACUUAAGUUUCAGACGUUGUGUAUUACUCUCACAUUUGCAACUGUUUCUGCUAGCAUAAUGGCGUUUGUGAAACAGAUUACCUGUAAGGCAAACACCAUUUUCUGAUUAACCUUACAAUAAUAUUACAUUUGCUUGAAUAUGGUAUUAUAGUUGUAAGAUGCGAAACUUUAAAGCCUGGCAUCAGGCGCUUUAAGAACAGUGGUGUUAAACAAAACGACAUUAACAUAUAUAAAUCUUGAAAUGCAGUUACAUGCUUUGAUUAAGUUGCAUGUACAAUAUUUCUCUAAUCAAAACCUCGUAACAGAAAAUGUAUGUCAUACAUCAUCGCUUUUAGUUAAGUGUUUGUCUCAUGUAUUGUGGAAAAAUAUGUUUAUGUAUAUGGCAUGCAUGGUGUGUAUGUUAGUCAAAAAUAAAUAUACGCUUAA